AUGGAAGCAAUAAGAAAGCAAGCUACAAAGCUCAGAGAACAAGUAGCAAAGCAGCAACAAGCUGUAUUCAAGCAGUUUUCUGGUGGGCUUGGUGGUUCGGAUAAUCUCUCCUCAGAUGAUAAUGAACUCCAACAGCAUCAAAAACUUGAGAAGCUCUACAUUUCUACUCGUGCUGCCAAGCACUAUCAAAGGGACAUUAUCCGAGGUGUAGAAGGUUAUAUUAUCACGGGAUCCAAGCAAGUUGAGAUUGGCACCAAGUUGUCCGAAGGUAGUAGAAAAUAUGGUGCUGAAAACACAUGUACCAGUGGCAGUACAUUAUCUAAAGCCGCAUUAAGUUAUAGUAGAGCUCGUGCUCAGAUAGAAAAUGAACAUGGAAAUCUACUACAAGCACUUGGAACGCAGGUUGCGGAGCCGUUAAAAGCAAUGGUGAUGGGAUCCUCAUUGGAAGAUGCUCGACAUCUUGCACAGCAAUAUGACAGAACGAGACAGGAAGCUGAAGCUCAGGCUAUUGAAGUUUUCAGACGGCAAUCAAAAGUGAGAGAAUCGAAUGCCAAUCCUGAUAACAUAUUGAAAUUGGAAUCUGCUGAAAUGAAGCUUCGUGAACUUAAGUCAAACAUGGCUACCUUAGGUAAAGAGGCUUCUGCUGCAAUGGCUGCCGUGGAAGGCCAACAACAAAGGUUGACUAUCCAGCGACUUAUAGCCAUGGUUGAGGCAGAGCGUUCUUAUCAUCAGCACGUUUUACAGAUACUUGACCAGCUUGAGGGGGAGAUGUUAUCUGAGCGCCAAUCUUUUGAAGCUUCCCCUAUUCCAGCGGCAGAUCGUGCUAUGCCUCCUCCCCCUUUAUACAAUGGAAGUGAUGAUUUAUUUGCCCCUCAAUCAUAUCCUGGGUCAAUUGAUGGCACGGGUUACUUCUUAGGAGAGGUUGUGCACCCAUAUCAAGCCGAUUCUGAUGUAGAGUUGACAUUAUCAGUUGGCGACUAUGUAGUCGUCCGAAAGGUGUCAAACAAUGGUUGGGCUGAGGGUGAAUGCAAAGGGAAAGCAGGUUGGUUUCCCUUUGGGUACGUUGAAAGGCGGGAACGCGUUCUUGCAAGCAAGGUCUCAUCUUCUUAUUUUGCCCAGACUGCCUAUGCCUAUACAACUACAAAUUCUCCAAAAUAA